AUGGUGGGAUCCCAAACGGACAAGUACAUACUGCCCUUCCUUUGGGAGCCAUGGAUACUCUUUGGCUGGGCACAUUAUCCCUCAGGGAUCAAGGUAUCUCAGGUAACUUCUGGGUAUGAGCCGGUGUUCGUUCUUGCGUCGGUGGUGAAUCCAAUGUCUCCCAGGCAUCAGAUUCAUCUUCGGCGUGGGUUCGUUCUGAGAUUAUACGGCCUUUAA